GACAGUUGAAUUGUCCCACCCAAAAUUUUUUGUUUCCAUCAGCUGUGUAAGGCCCGGUCAUCGGACUUCGAUCACCAGAAAUUUCCGCGGCUAUGAGCGAAGAAAUCAGAACAAAUCCUCCGAGAAUGUGGAGCAGGUCUAGUCCGUCCCGCGUCGUAGAAGCCGCGAUGAUUGGGGAUGGUCCGCAUGUGUUACUACCACGUCAAAACAACCCAAAUCAGCCAAUUUCGACGGCAGCAAAUCAACGUCCCCGAACAUCAACGUCCCGACGAUUGAAGUUUCUGAGAAAAAUGGCGUUCAGCAACAAAAUAAGGAGCUUUGGAGGACCUGCAUCCAGGUUUGGUUCCCUUUCGCACUCGGAUUUCGGAAUGAGACGAGAACUGCGAGGCGAUUUCCAUUGGCCGAUGAUAGAGAGCUGGCUUGAGUUUCCCACCUAUAAUAAUGAGGUAGACGAGGAUAGUGGUGAGCUCCACGAAAGUAGAUUGUUCACAGAUCGACGCCACUGGGGACGGGCUCAACUGUACUUCCAGCAGUAUCUAGGGAUCCAGCACCGCCAUCACCACGAUCCGAGAUCAUUCUCCCUGAAACUCGGUCUAAGCCCCGCACACAUAAAGUCCAUUUACGACGCGCUGUAUGGCAUGGGUCUCAAAGAGACCUUGAGGCUGGCCUUCAACGAGUUGCUACACUUGCACUAGCUUUGGGGACUUUUUUGUUCCAACUAUCGGUAAUAAAAUUUAAGGCUAACUUUUUAUUCUU